GAAAAUAGAUAUGGGGGGGUGGAUUUACUAGGACUCAGACAGACAGCAGACCGGCUGUCCCAAGCUGCGCUGAUCCUUCACUCUCCGGCACCAAGCUGGAGUCCGCCUGCUGCCUCCCCUUUACCACUGGCCACCUGCCUCUCCGAGAAUAAAACUGCGGCAUCAAAACAGCUCAGAGCGAGCAAAAACCAAAGCAAGGAGGCAAGACAAGAUCCCGACCGGCUUCUUGUGCCAUCUUUUCGGCAUCCCUCCCCCCUCCUACUGCGUGUCCUACGGGAGGACAGGCUGCGCACUGGGCGCACUUGGAGACCCGGAGUUUGUUGUCGUUACCAGGACAGGAGCGCUCAGCAAAGGGGACGCAUAGCUGGUACAGCUCUCAUUAAACCGGGCUUACGGCUCAGAGGAGCCACUUGCAUGGAUGCACCAUGGCCACGUUUGUCUGCAGGGUUCAGUUUUUAGAUGAUACCGAUCCGUUCAACAGCACUAAUUUCCCAGAACCGACUCGACCACCGCUGUACACCUUCAGGGAGGAUAUCCCCCUCAUCAACCAGUUAGCAGGCAUCCACCGGCUCCUCAAAGCUCCACACAAGCUUGAUGACUGCGCACUGCAGCUCUCCCACAAUGGCACCUAUCUGGAUCUGGAGUCCUCUCUGGCUGAGCAAAGGGACGAGCUGGAGGGCUUUCAGCAGGAUGACACAGGGUCCAGAGGGAAGAAGCACAGUGUUAUUUUACGAACCCAGCUGACCGUCCGUGUACACGCCUGCAUCGAAAGACUGUAUAACUCCAAUGGACGUGACUUGAGAAGGGCGCUGUUCUCUCUAAAGCAAAUUUUUCAGGAUGACAAAGACCUGGUCCAUGAGUUUGUGAUGGCUGAAGGUCUGACGUGUCUCAUCAAGGUGGGAGCAGAAGCUGACCAGAACUACCAGAACUACAUAUUAAGAGCUCUGGGGCAGAUCAUGCUCUAUGUGGACGGGAUGAACGGUGUCAUUGGCCACGCCGAGACAAUCCAGUGGCUAUACACUCUUGCUGGUUCAAAGUUCCGUCUGGUAGUAAAAACAGCUCUGAAGCUGUUGCUGGUGUUUGUGGAGUACUCCGAGUCCAACGCCCCACUGCUCAUACAAGCCAUCACCGCUGUGGACGCCAAGAGAGGCUGCAAGCCAUGGUCCAAUGCUAUGGAGAUCUUGCAUGAGAAGGAUGGCGUAGACACAGAGCUGCUGGUCUAUGCCAUGACCCUCAUCAAUAAGACCCUGGCAGCGCUGCCUGACCAGGAUUCGUUCUAUGACAUGGUGGAUGGUCUGGAGGAACAGGGCAUGGAGACAGUGUCCCAAAGACACCUGGGGCGGAAGGGCACCGAUCUGGACUUGGUUGAGCAGCUCAACAUCUAUGAGAUGACCCUACGGCAUGAAGACGGCGAUGAUGACAGCCAGCCUCCACCAAUGGGACGCCGGGACCGCCGUCGGGCCAGCCUUGGGGGCGGGGAUAAGAAGCGUGGCCUAGAGAGGAGGCGGAGCCGCAGGGCCUCUCUUGGGCGAUCCGGUAACGCCUCCCCCUGCAGCCCUGCAUCUCCGCAGAGAGCAGGCUUCCAGCCUUUCAGUGGCCAGAGGGCUGAGGACAUGAGCGAAAGAGAGGAGGAAUGUGAGGAUGGGGUAGAGGAGGAGGAGGAGGAAGAGGGGACUCCAGUGACUGAGUCUGAUUCGGAUGAGCAGGAGGGGGCUUUUACAGUGUCUAGUCAGACCACCCCCAGACAUCCUCCAUCCAUAGUUCACCGAACGACCCUCCAGUCCAUCGCCAUCACUUCCAGAAAGGAGGGUAUAAAAGAGGAGCAGCGGAAUCGGACCGAACCACCUCCCGCACCAGCCCAACACUCCCCCUCUACCCCCACCUCCUCUCUUCCCCUCUCCUCCCCUCUCAGCCCCCCAGCCGAGCCCUCCCUUUUGGCCAGCCUGCUGGCCAGGAAGAAAUCUAUCAUCACUGUCCCAGCAACCAAGGAGGUCAGCCCGCCAUUGCGCGGCAGCUCCCGUCCCUCCCCCGAUCGCCUGCCCUACAUGCCCCACUCUCCCUUCCACCUCUUCUCCUACGACCUGGAUGAGGAGCCGUCGCCCCCGGCUCCAGCCAAACCCAGCGAGCAGUCAACCAAAAUGACACCUCCAAGGAAUGGAGGUCACAUGUCCUAUUCCUCUCUCAGCAGCCCCUCUACGCCCACCAGCUCCAGGCCUGCGCUUGGAGGUCUUCUGUCCUCCUCCUACAGACAACACCAGGAGUCUUUGGCGGCCGAGCGAGAGCGCCGCCGUGUGGAGAGAGAGGAGAGGCUGCAGAGGAUAGAGAGAGAGGAGAGGAACAAGCACAGCCGCAACUAUGUGGAUAAAAUGGAAGAGGCCAGGCUUGCGCGGGAUGAGAGGUAUAAGAACUUGGAUCGUCUGGCAGCGGAGGAGUGCGAGAAGAAUCGCGUCCGGGUGUCAAGGACUCGCCCUGACCUCGACCUGACCUUUGAACCCUCAGAGGCCUGGCCCUCAUCAUCGCGCAGCAGCACCCCAUCCUCAUUUGCCUCCCAGGAGGAGGCAGAGGCUGACCUCGAAGCCGAGACCCCCGCCACCCCCUACACGCCCUCUGAGACUGGAGAGGCCGAUAACUCCAGCGCCAGCGUAGAAACCGAGGAAAAAGAGGCAGAGGCCACUGCUGAAGAGGAGGAAGAACAGAAAGAGGAGGAAGAAGAGGAAGUGCAGAAGGAAACAGCAGAAGAAAAGGAGGAGGAAGCUGAGGAGCCUGAGCAGGAACCAGAGAAGGAGAGAGAGGAGGCGGAGGAGGACAGUGGCAUCCUGAGCGACAAGGAGCGACAGAAUGAGGAAGUGAACGAGAAGGACAACUGCUCAGCCUCCAGCAUCUCCUCCGCCAGCAGCACUCUGGAGAGAGAGGAGAGAGGCAGCAAUGAGAAUGGCUUUAAAGAGGCAGAGAUGAACGAGCAGUGCAGCAAACUCCUCAACAGCAAGCUCUUCAUGCUGGACAUGCUGUACUCCCAGAACAAGAAACCCAGUGAUGAGGAGGAGGAAGAGGAGGAUGCAGAGAAGGAGAAAGAGAGAGAGAAAGAGAAAGGAGAGGGAGAAGACAAAGAGACACAUGAGGACGCUGACGGGCAACUGGAGGGUGACGCAGAGGGCGACAACAAAGCUGACAAAUCAGAUGCACGCAGGAGCAUCCGCCCAUUCGCUGAGCGGUUUGGAAACUUGAUCAAGGACUUCGGUAUGGCCAGCCCUCACCUGGACGUCCAAGCCAAUGAGCCUCCUCCUCCUCCACCCAAAAAGGAAUCGGACACGAUCUGGGACCAGCUCCUGGCCAGCCCUCGAGAGCUGCGCAUCGGGGACAUCAACUUCACCGACCUGACGGAGGAUGAUGACAAAGACAUUCUGGAUGCCGUCUUGAUGGGCGGAUGCAGUGAGCUCCCUCCCCCUCCGCCUCCUCCGCCCUUCAUCCCCCACUUACCUCCACCCCCACCUAUGCUAGGCAGCUGCCCCCCACCUCCUCCCUUGAUAGGGAUUAUGAGGCCUCCUCCUCUCCCUUCUUCUAGCUCUUCAAUUCCAGUGCCUCCUCCUCCGGAGCCGCCUCUCUUCAACAAGAAGAAGAAGACAAUCAGGCUCUUCUGGAGUGAGGUGCGUCCAACAGACUCUCAAUACAGGGACUACAAGCGGAGUGGAGACUCGUUAUGGUCCAAACUGGAUUCAGUAAAAUUAGACACAGCCAAACUGGAACACCUGUUUGAGUCGAAGUCAAAGGAAAUACCAGUUACAAAGAAAACAGCAGCAGACGGUAAACGCCAGGAGAUCAUCGUUCUGGAUUCCAAGAGGAGUAACGCCAUCAACAUCGGUCUGACGGUUCUGCCUCCACCUCGCACUAUCAAGACAGCCAUCCUUAACUUUGAUGAAUAUGCGCUGAACAAGGAGGGCAUAGAGAAAAUCCUGACGAUGAUCCCCACAGAGGAGGAGAAGCAGAAGAUCCAGGAGGCCCAGUUGGCUAACCCCGAUGUCCCACUGGGCUCAGCAGAGCAGUUCCUCCUUACUCUGUCCUCCAUCAGCGAGCUCUCUGCCAGACUCCAGCUCUGGGCCUUUAAGAUGGACUACGAAGCCACUGAGAAGGAAGUAGCAGAGCCGCUGCAGGAUCUGAAGGAGGGUAUGGAACAGCUGGAGAAGAACAAAACUCUACGCUACAUCCUCGCCACACUGCUCGCCAUUGGAAACUUCCUCAAUGGAACCAAUGCUAAAGGCUUCGAGCUGACGUACUUGGAGAAGGUUCCAGAAGUAAAGGACACGGUUCAUAAGCAGUCUUUGCUGCAUCACGCCUGCUCUGUGGUGGUGGAGAACUUCCCUCAGAGCACUGACCUCUACUCCGAGAUUGGAGCCAUCACGCGUUCUGCCAAAGUGGAUUUCGACCAGCUGCAGGAGAACCUGUGUCAGAUGGAGCGGCGUUGCAAAGCCUCAUGGGACCAUCUGAAAGUGAUCGCCAAGCAUGAGAUGAAGCCCCAGCUGAAGCAGAAGAUGUCUGACUUCCUCAAAGACUGUGCUGAGAGGAUUAUCAUCCUCAAGAUCGUCCACCGCAGGAUCAUCAACAGGUUCCAUUCGUUCCUGUUGUUCCUCGGUCAUCCAGCCUACAGUGUGAGAGAGAUCAGUGUCCACAGGUUCAGUAAGAUCCUCAGUGAGUUCGCACUGGAGUACCGAACAACCCGAGACCGCGUGCUGCAGCAGAAACAGAAACGGGCCGACCACCGCGAACGCAACAAGACCCGAGGAAAAAUGAUUAUAGACGUCAACGCUCCUUCUGAUGAGGAAGAGGAGAGCGAGUCACGUGGCUCAGGCAGACGUGGCUCCAGCAGCAACAACAGCGUCCCUAGUGGCAGCCAGGAGAGCGAGCAGCCUCAGGGUCUGGGCCACGCAGAGGACGCUGCAGAGCAUGAAAACAUGAAAGCGGUGCUGAGAACCAGCCUCAGCGGCGGUGACAAGGAGAGCAGCGUAGUACCGGGGCUCCGGACACGGACCAGAUCACGGCCUGGACGGGGAGGUCGCAGUAUGCAGGCAUGGACACCACCUGUGGAGGACACUCAGAUCGGUGGAGAUGAUGCUGCAGACGAGAUCAUGGAGCGCAUAGUGAGGUCGGCCACUCAGGGUCCAGGAACCAGAGCCCAGCCCCGAGAGAGGAGGAGGUCCAGGGCCAACCGCAAGUCAUUGAGGCGGACUCUGAAGAACGGUCUGACCCCAGAGGAAGCACUUGCUUUAGGACUAACCGAUUCUCCGGAUAUACAGAUGUAACUACCCACCACUGGCCUGUCCCCGUCGCCAUGAAAACACAGUCACUGUCUGCCGGCUGCCUUCGCCACACUUUACAGAGUUUUAUUGCACCAGCCAGAAACCCCUUUAGGUUUUUGCUGCUAAUCUUGCCUGAUGUGUCUGAGUGAUGAAGCUGCAGUUGUGAUAGUGUUGUUUUUUUUUAAAUGCAAUACAAAGAAAAAUCUUCCAGGGGAAAACAUGGAAGUAAAGAAAGACAAUGCAUCGAAUAAGGACUGAUGUAUUCAACAUCAAGGCAAGGAAAAGGAAAAAAAAAAGUAAUUCAGUGAUGCUGCGUCUGCACUGAAUUGAAAUUUUUAUUUAUGUAACGAUAUAUUUGAAACAUUGUAUUAGUACAAAGGGAUAAUUUUUGCUUGUAAGUUUCUGCAGCUGUGACUUCACCAUUUUCCUUGUAUUUAAGCUGUGAAUUUUGGUUGUAAAGAUGAAUGGCCUGAAAAGGAAGUUUCAUUAGUUCUCUUAUCCAGUUUCAAAGAAUCCCGAGACAUCAACACCAACAAAGAGGCUUACUGAAAAUUAUCCUUUGUGAAAAUGCAAAUGUUCGCUUCCACGGCUGCACGUUUGAUAAGUGACGAGUGUAGUUUGUGUUUUAGUAGGAACGUGAAAGGUUUUUCAAUCUGAUGUGUGCCUUUCAUCUAAAAGGGACAAUGCUGUACCUUUUCGCCAUUUCUCCCUCUUGUUUUACUCACCUCCUGCUUCUCAGUAAACUCACAAAUGUCACAUUAGCAGGUGUAGUUGCAUCGAGGUGAUACAGUGUAAGUGUUGGAUUCACUUUUUUAUUUUGGCAAAAUUGUUCUCAGUAUUUAUUUGAAAGCUCGGACAGUCAUUUUCUUAUUGCACCUUACUCUUCUCAACAUUAAUAGUCUCUCAUGCUGAAAUGAAUGACUGAUUUUGAACAGAAAAAAAGGAAGUAUUUAUCUCAGAGGAACUGUUUGUAAAGUGUAAAAAGACAAAAAGAUAAGGACAUUUUUUAAAAAUUUUAAUAAACUAUUUGAAGGACGUGCAGAGAAGACUGCAUAUAAUGUGUAAAUGCCCUCGUCAGCUGCGAGACACCCUAAACUGUAGUACUACAGUGUGCAUGUUUAGUGCGGUUCGUGUUCUGUAUUAUUUUUGUAAUUUCUGUAGAAACUUGUAUUAUAGUCUGAGAGAAAAGGUCAAAAGAGGCUAUUAUGUGAAUUGUAAUUAAAAAAAAAAGAAAAGAAAGGAAAGAUGUGGUUAUAGCUGAAAUAUCUGGACGUUUGCUUUGAACUCUGUGGUCACAUUUUGUAUGAACUUGAACAGGUUGUGGGACAGUCUGGAUAAAUUGAAGUCCCAGCUGAAGUCUCCGCUCCUCUCACAGUGCAACAAACCUGGGAAACAUCACUGCAUAAAUGUCAUGUAGUGAGUUGAACAUGAAGUCAUGGUUACAUACACUUUCACUUGAAAUGCUGUGUAUACACAUUCUGCAAUAAAAAAACCCAAAAAACUAUU